AUGGAUUUGGUCUUGGAAGUCGCUGACCAUUAUGUCUUUGACGACUUGUACGCUAAAGUUCUGCCCACUACGCUGGCAGCCAAUAUUCCUGCCAAAUGGCAGAAUUUGUUAGGUUUGAACGGUGGGUUCAGCAAUUCUACGAUUUUGCAGGAGACUUUGAACUCCAAGAAUGCUGUCAAAGAAUGUAGGAAGUUCUACGGGCAGGUUCCAUUCCUGUUUGAUAUGACAACGACGUCUUUUGCAUCGCUUUUGCCCCGUUCCAGCAUCUUGAGAGAAUUUCUCUCACUAUGGGUUAUUGUUACGAUCUUUGGUUUACUGCUUUACUUAUUCACGGCUAGUCUCAGCUACGUCUUUGUCUUCGACAAGUCGAUCUUCAACCAUCCUCGUUACUUGAAGAAUCAAAUGGCAAUGGAAAUCAAGUUGGCUGUCAGUGCUAUCCCAUGGAUGUCAAUGUUGACAGCUCCAUGGUUUGUCAUGGAAUUGAACGGUCACUCCAAACUUUACAUGAAAAUCGACUAUGAAAACCACGGAGUAAGGAAGCUCAUUAUCGAGUACUUUACUUUCAUCUUUUUCACGGAUUGUGGUGUCUACUUAGCCCACAGAUGGUUGCAUUGGCCAAGAGUGUACCGUGCUCUGCACAAGCCUCAUCACAAGUGGUUGGUCUGCACACCUUUCGCAUCCCAUUCUUUCCAUCCUGUAGACGGGUUUUUGCAAUCCAUUUCGUACCACAUUUACCCAUUGAUUCUACCAUUACACAAGGUUUCUUAUUUGAUUCUGUUCACUUUUGUUAACUUCUGGACUGUCAUGAUCCAUGAUGGUCAAUACCUAUCAAACAAUCCUGCCGUGAACGGUACUGCGUGCCACACGGUCCACCAUUUGUACUUCAACUACAACUACGGUCAGUUCACCACACUAUGGGAUAGACUAGGUGGCUCUUACCGUAGACCCGAUGACUCAUUGUUUGAUCCUAAAUUAAGAGACUCUAAGGAGACCUGGGAUGCCCAAGUUAAGGAAGUCGAACAUUUCAUCAAGGAGGUCGAAGGUGAUGAUAAUGACAGAGUUUACGAAAACGAUCCAAAUACCAAGAAAAAUAACUGA